AUGGUUCCUCGACCGUUGGACCUGCAGCCGCAGCAAGCAGAGGUCUCUGCAGACGAAGAGGCAUUCGUUGACAUCACUUUCCAUGCAGAGGCCGCGAGAGCCCGCCAGAAGGAGCCAGCGACACUGCGAGUUGUCACAAAAGGCGCUCAGCAGCCGGUGUUGACUGCCGCUGUGGAUAACACCACAACUGUGGCAGCGCUGAAGUGCGAGGUCGAAGCGCUGACUGGCUGGCCAGGAAAGCAGCAACUGCUCUCUUCGAAUGGCUUGCCGUUGAUGGGACACCAAGUUGUACAGAGCUUACGGUGUCUCAGCGGCGAUGCUGAGCUCCACGCCCGAUGUGCUGACGAAGCUUGGGUUCGUGAGGUCGAGGAGCUUGGCCUCACCACAGGAACAGAGGCUCGAAGAGCAGAUUUGCUUGGAGACACUCUAGAAAGGAUGAUCGAAAGCUGUCUCCAAGAAUCGGGAUCAUUGAAGGAGCGGCUUGAAGCCAAGGUAUGCGGGAUGAGCGAGAAGUUCAAGAAAGCCACCAGCAUGAUCUUGGGCAGCUCCGGCACCCUCGAGGCUGCCGCAAUGGAUCUGAACCGCAACCGCGAUGUGCUUUUUGAGGCUGUGCCCAGAAGUUCAAAAGCAGCAAGGCAAGCGGCAGAGGAACUAAUGCGCUGCCGGAACAAGCUGUUGUCCUCUACGCAGGGCAAUGGCGAGGUGCUGGAAAAGUCUCGACUGGUUCUUGGCCCAGCACACCGAGAGCUGCAGGAACUGGCGAGCGAAGUCCACGGCCGGCUGCAGCAAAUCCUGGAGCUUUUGCUGCGCCAAAGCGAACUCCUCCAUCUGCAGAGGUUUCGCGGGUGGCUUUCUGCCCGGAAGGUGGACAUCAGUUUCAGAAGAUGGCAGGCCAGACAGGAAAGCGUGAGCCUUGACUCUUCUGUCGUGCAGCAAGUCGCUGGCGACCUGCUGCUCACUCGGAAAUCCUACAGGCAAGCAGUUGCCACGAACCUCGCCGCCAUCAAGCUUGCAAACGAGUACCUGCAACAGGACGAAGCUAUUGUCCUCAACUGGGCGCUGACGCACGUUUCCAAGGAGCGCACGCUGGACCGAGACUUCAUUCUGAGCGUUGUGAACGCAAACGGAGAGGCUCUUGAGGAGGCUCCCCCCGCUCUGCGUGGGGACCGCGAAGUCGUGCUCUGCGCGGUCAAAAGUUCCAAGGGUUGGGCCCUGCAGUUUGCCUCCGACACGCUGAAAAGAGAUCCCGAAGUUGUGCUUACUGCUGUGCGCAGGAAUGCCUUGUCUUUGGAGUUUGCAGCAGAAGAGCUGCGCUCAGACCGCCAAGUCGUCUUAGCUGCGGUGCAAGUGCAGGGCGAAGCUUUGGAGUUUGCGUCGGCAGAUCUGAAGCGAGAUCCUGACGUGGUCGCGGCAGCUAUUCGGAGCAGUCGCGGCUGGGCUUUGCAGUUCGCGUCGGAGGAACUUCGGGCCUGCCCAGCCACCGUGCUGGCAGCUGUAAGUGCCAAUGGCUUGGCAUUGGAGUAUGCUGACGGUGCACUGCGAGGUGACAAGCCGACGGUUUUGGCGGCUGUGACGUCGAAUCCAUCCGCCCUGCAGUUCGCCUCGAAGCAGCUGCAAGAAGACAGGGAAAUUGUGCUAACCGCCGUCGCGAAGGAUGGCUGCGUGCUUCAAUUUGCAGCUGGAGCCAUGAAGGCGGACCGGGCAAUUGUCCUCGCAGCAAUCCAGCAAGCUGGAACGCAUGUCCUCUUAGUGGCGGACAAGCAGCUGCAAGCUGACUUUUCAAUCUUGGAAGAGGCACAGCAGCAGCAGCGUGAGAAGCUACAAUCCGCGAGACCCGCGACGCAGCCUUUGAAAAGCGAGUCGUGCGAUGCAGAUGCAGCAGGUGCUGAACCAUCCUGGUCUGAUAGUGCCUUUGCAGAUCUCGACAAGACCCACUUGUGA